AGUAGCUUUCUGUUUGAUAAUAGCCGGCCAAACACUGAGGCUUUCCCUGCUGCCAGUGACAGGGACAGGAGACAGAGAGGGGUGACUGGCUGAGACAGGAACCACAGGGUCCAGGACAACAGAACCCAGCCUACAGGGAUCAGGGACUGGAAGUCUGCUUUCCACCCAAGCAUCCAUCACUUCACUGCUAACUUUACAGACCAGGUCUCAAUAGACUUGUCUUGUCCAUAUCCAUGCCAACCACACAAUUUUCUGUCAUGGAAACAAGCCACCCAGGGCAAGUAUAAAGUGGACUUACCUGGCAAUGGAAACGAGGAUGAUGCUGAGAGAGAGAUGCUGCUCUAGCCUGAAGGUCUGCAGAGCCUGAACUCACCUGAGCGUCAACCUGCAGUCUCCCCAUCAAUCCAAGGUAGAAGGACAGACAAGGAAGACAUCAUAACAAAGAAAAACAGGACAAAGAGUUAAACAACAGAGGAGUAGUUCAACCACAGACUAACUGACUGAUCCAACAGACAUGCUCUCCAAAGCACAGAAGUCCUUCAGGCCUGUGUCCAUUACACUGAGAGGACUUCACCAGGCUGCUCGGAAAGUGGUAGAGCGUCCAGAGCCAGAGGAUAAUGUGACGGACAGUUUUGGCCGUUUCAUCCAGGGUGUCCAGUCCCAUCACCUGACUCCCACUCUGCUCCACCGCUCCAAACGGAUGGUCCUGGACAGCCUGGGGGUGGGCCUGCUGGGCAGCACCACACAUGUCUUCCAGUUGGUACUACAACACUGCCAGCACAUGUAUGCUCCUGCUGACAUCAGCAGUGUGUAUGGACGCAGAGGAACCAAACUCUCCCCAACACUGGCUGCCUUCGUCAAUGGAGUUGCCACCCACUCCAUGGACUUCGAUGACACCUGGCACCCUGCUACUCACCCGUCGGGGGCGGUCCUUCCUGCCUUGCUGGCGCUUAGUGACAUGUUGCCCAGCAAGCCGAGUGGGCUGGACUUCCUGCUGGCGUUUAACGUGGGAAUAGAGGUUCAGGGACGACUUAUGAGGUUUUCCAAUCAGGCUCAAAACAUCCCCAAGAGGUUCCACCCCCCCUCUGUAGUGGGGACUCUGGGAAGUGCAGCAGCCUGUGCUCGACUCCUCUGUUUGGAUCACGCUCAAUGUAGCCACGCCCUGGCCAUCGCAGCCAGCCUAUCAGGAGCCCCCAUGGCUAAUGCCGCCACUCAAUCCAAACCUCUCCAUAUUGGCAAUGCAGCGCGGCUGGGACUAGAGGCCGCUCUACUGGCCUCCAAAGGGUUGGAGGCCUCACGCACCAUACUGGACGACACCACUGGUGUGGCGGGUUUCAGCGCCUUCUACGAGGACUAUGCCGUGCAACCUUUGACCUCCCCUGAUGAGGAAGGGACGCGGUUCCUGUUGGAGGACCAGGACAUGGCGUUCAAGAGGUUCCCCGCCCAUCUGGGGAUGCACUGGGUGGCCGACGCUGCUGCUGCCAUACACAAGCUGCUGCUGGGGGAACCAGGGGUGGGGAGUCAGGGGUCAGGGGUCGUAGGGCAGGUCCAGGACAUCCUGCUUAGGGUUCCGCGUUCCAAAUACAUCAACCGUCCAUUCCCAGAAUCAGAGCAUGAGGCCAGACAUUCCUUCCAGUUCAACGCCUGCUCUGCCCUGCUCCACGGCGAGGUCACCGUGGACUCAUUUUCCCAGGAGGCAAUGCGGCACCCCGACCUGCUGACCCUGCUCGGGCGUGUCCAUGUGGAGCAUCCCAAUGACAACCCUGCUAACUUUGACCGCAUGUAUGGAGAGGUGCAGGUGACCUUGGUGGGCGGGGACGUACUGAAGGGACGCUGUGAUACAUUCUAUGGACAUUGGAGAAAUCCACUGACCAAUGAGAGUCUGCUGAAGAAGUUCUGUAGUAACGCGGGGGCGGUCCUUCCCUGGGAGAAGGUGGAGGGGCUGAUUGAGGCCGUGGAUGGCCUGGAAACACUAGGAGACUGCUCUUCUCUACUGGCACAAUUGCAGUAAACAAACACUUUCUGACCAGCUGUUAUUGUUUUGUACAUCUCGAGUCCGAACAAAUCCUGGGCAUUCUGCUACUGCUUGUGUCUUCUGGUGACAGGAUGUAGAGCUAUUUUACCUAGUUACUAUGGUAAUAAGAAGGGGUUUUGCGAACAG